ACCUGAGAAUGAAAAAGCUGUAACUCUACAUAAGGCAUUUUCAUACUGAACCAUAUGUUGCCGCCAUGUUGUUUGACAAUGACUUACGUUCACGUUAUUAAGGUUAUGUUCUGUCUGUGAGCUCUAAGCUGUGUGAUGUUUUCCUACUGAGAUUUAUAUCCAUUUAAUAAUUAUGAAUCGUGGCCUUAUUUUAGUGGAAUUAGCUGUAAAUAAUAACUCAGAUAAUGACCCCAGUACUUCUGCGGAUUUUUGCUAUGAACAUAUUUUUGUUGAGUAUGAAAAUCAACUUUCGGGCAACAACAACCACAACAUGGAAACUACCAAGCAUGAACUUGGUUCACAAUUACAUACAUUGACAAGUGAUGCAACAGUUCAUAAUUCUGCUGUGUCUGAUGAAAGGGAUUGCGUUGGAUUCGAUGAUGAGCAAAGAAAUCCUGAUUCUGCUGGGUCUGAUGAAGAGGAUGUCGUUGGAUUCGAUGAUGAGGAUAAAGAUCCUGAUUACAUACAAAUCGAAAAUGAUGAACUUUCCCUAUCAGAUUCAUCAAUGACCGUCAUAGAGGAGCAACUGACCGAGAAUGAACCUGGCUUGGAAAACAACAACCCCCUGAUGAUGGCUGAUGUCCAACAACCCCCAGUUUGUGGAAGAAAACAGAGCAAGUUUCCCAAACCAGAAAAUUGGAAGCAGAAUGUUCUGAAGAAGAAAGUGCAGUCUGGUGAGCAACAUACCACAAGAAGUGGAAAAAUUGUGAGAAAAAAAACUGUAAAACCAUGUGAUCAAGCUCGCUCUCUAAGAGACAGCUUCAAAGAAAAGGCUCAAAGAGGAGAAUGCUACUUCAUUCAGUUCGAUUUGGAAGCAGUUAGGUAUUGUCCAGCAAAUCUUAAUACAAAAAAAUUUUAUUAUAAAAGAAGGUUGGCUGUUUACAACCUAACAAUGUACAAUGUAGCCACCACCAAAGCCGAGAAUUUUAUGUGGCAUGAAGGGAUUGGAGGACGUGGUUCGACACAUGUGGAGGGCAGAAUCGAAACGUAAAUGUGGUUGCCAUGUUUAUGUAUUCGAUCAAUAUUUUCAAUGAUAUUCCCAUUAUCAAUCACAUUUUUUUCGAGCCUGGCCAUAGUCAGAUGGAAUGUGA